AUGCUGGCGCAAGGGCGCGAAGAACGGGGAGGCGACGCCGCUGCUUCAUUUGCUGGCGCGGCGGCGAAUAGGCGGGAUGGGAGGGGAGCGGAGUGUGAGGGCUCGCGCGGCGGCGUGAGGAUCAAGAGCCGCGACCCAAUCACCUUCUCGCGCCGCCCUUCCCGCACCCCAGCGCUCUCGCUCUCCUCCCGUCCGCGCCUCGUCCGUGCCGGUGGAGGCGCGCGCGACGACGGUGAUGGGCGGCGGCAUCCGCGAGGCACGCUUGGCGGCAGGCGCCAGCAGUGUUCUCGUUGCUGCCAUGGCCCACGAGCCGCCACAGUGACUGCGCUCACUCCUCUGCUGCCCCCGCCUGGGCUGUGCUUGCUCCUGCCUUCCAAGACCCUGCGCUGCACCACUCACCUUGCCUGCGCUGCCCACCAGCAACGCUCUGCACUGCCCAAUUCUUCUCCUUCCCCCCAUUUUCCGCCUCCGCCCCUCUCCACCCUCUCUCGCCUCCCCAUCCACCUUGCGCAAACACAAGUGGCGGUGAAAGCUGCAGCGCAGGAGGUGCGGCAUCCCAUGCAUGCCCCCACGCUGCACUCGCUCACUCACUCCCACCCCACCCACGCGCCCUUCCCCUCCUGCUCUCCGCCUCGCUGCUGCUUCGAGCUGCACUCAAUGACCAAUGGCACACUGCCGUGCCUGGAAAGGUGCUGCGGUGGUUCCAACGGCACUGCACUGAUCAAGUGCCUCUCGGUCUGCAACGGAUGGCCUGUUGCUCUCAGCACGAGGUGGGUUGCUGUGGUGUUUGGCGUCACGGAAGAGGCAAACACCACAGCAACCCACGGCGCAUACUCUCAUUCACCUGCUGUGGGUUGCUGUAGUGUUUGGCAUACUCUCAUUCACCUGCUGUGGGUUGCUGUAGUGUUUGGCAUACUCUCAUUCACCUGCCCUGCCAUGUCAGAUACGAUGAGAGGUGGAGGCGGAGGUGGCGCAGCAGAAGGAGAGGUGGAGGCGGAGGUGGCGCAGCAGAAGGAGAGGUGGAGGCGGAGGUGGCGCAGCAGAAGGAGAGGUGGAGGCGGAGGUGGCGCAGCAGAAGGAGAGGUGGAGGCGGAGGUGGCGCAGCUGCCCACCCAGCUGUUGCACUCUUCUGUUCUAAUUCGAUUCUAA